CCAAAUUCUAGAGUUGCCCUUAAACGUUCCUAGCGAUACCUUAUCACUUCUCUCCAACCACAAUUUCCCAUAUCCAGCAGUUACACAAUGAAGCUCAUCGAUUUUCAACGCACUGCUUCCCAACCGCUGAAGCGGGAUCAAGCCCUGCAGCAAGAUAUAUCCGCAUGUAUCGAGGAUCUUACUCUCGACAACGUCGACAAGAACUCUUGGAUCUAUCAUCUACCAACAGACAAGAAAGAGGAAUUGCUUGCCUUCAUCAAAUCAGCAAAGUCUGCUAUUCUCAAGAAUCGCAACAUCCAACAAAAUGAAGAGUAUUCCCGCAAGGCCACAUUUCACCGACUUCCACAACUUGCAAUCGAGGUAAGUCCCAUUCUCGGGGUUUGAAAACUUUUGAUUUGGCAACUACCAGGGCUGAUCUACACUGUGCCCGAACUGUUUUCUCUCGCCUUCGCCCGUGCCAACCCCUGAAUCCUACUGACUUCAAUUUUCUGGGUAGUUACGACGCCAUAUUUGGGGCGAAAUGAUUAAGCCAUCUCAAAAUCCACGAGUCCAUGCUCUCAAGUUCAACAACCGCACCAAAACCUUCAUCUCCAACCAACCAGUCUCACCGCUCCUUGCUAUCUGCCGAGAAUCCCGCGACUAUUACCUCCUCAAUACGGCCAACGGAUUUUGUUUUGGCACCGGCGUCAACUAUGAUAUCGAUACAUUCCACCUCCUUGAGAUCCCCGACCACAGACGUGAGGACCCCGAAGUACCUAAUCUCUUCCAGGCUCUAGAGUUCAAACUGAUCCAGAAAUUGGCGGUGACAAAAGAGCUUUUCUUGGGUGUCACUGGAGCGAAGUGGCUUAAUAUUCUCGGUUUCAUGCAAAGGUGUCACGUCACAGUUAUUUUCGACGAUGAUAGAAGCUCUGGCGUCUGUUGGGCAGACCUGGACGUUUCGUUUCGGAAGCUUUCUGCUGAUGAGGAAAAUCAGCUCGCGGACAGGUCGAGUGUGCGAGAGAACUGGCUUCUUGUUCGAUAUGUUCUAGAGGGAAAAUGCUCACUUGAGUUUGCUUGUGUGGACAAAGAGUCUUCUAUUCAGCAUUGGUAUUGA